GCUGGUCAUGCUCGGUACUCUGUUGGGUGUUGUCUCACGGCACUGGGCAAGCGAGCGGUGCACGCGAACCGCAGCAUCCUUCCAGCUCCUCCUCGUGGGUUCCAUGAUUUGUGCCACGGAAAUGAUGAUCGAGCUCCGGGAUUCCUACAAGCUUUGGACGGUCGCUGAUGGUCUGGUCGAGAAGGACUACAGAUGGAAAUUGAAGACGCUCUGUUAUGUACGUUCCUCGGUGGUGAUUGUCUUCAUCGUGCUUGCAGUCCUUUUUGUGGCCCUCAGCGACAGGCCAAGUGAUGUGUUAGCAAACGCUGUGGCUUUUUGCUUUGUGAACGACAUGGACAACACGCUCUUCCGCUAUACGAGCAGCCAGCGUGUGAAGAACAAAGUGAAGAAGAUGAGGGGCAAAACAGAGACCGAAGAGGAGCAUUUUCACAACAGGUUCAUGGGGGUCUUCUUUGUUUCCAUCCUCUUCUGCGCGAUCCUUGUGUGCGCGGUUGAGAGCUUUGCUCCUUUGAAUGAUUGCGCACAGUCUGGCUAG